CACCCCGGGCAUCUGGAGGCAGCUGCUUCCUUGCAAAAUGCCCGCAUGUCAAAGUUCGUGCAUCCCGGUUGGACGCGCCCUCCCGGCCUGCUGGCUGCUGGCUCUGCAGUUUUCCAAAUGCGGACGGAGCCGCGAGCCAGGAGAAAACUCCAAAGCGCCCCCGCUGGAACCACGCGGCCCGCCGCCCCGGCUCCCACCCACCGGCAGGCACACCCCCACCGCGGCGGCCGGCAAGUUUGUGGGGCCGUCCGGGCCGGCCGAGCAGGACUCACCGCGGAGCCCCUCCGGCCGGGCUGGCGGCAGCGGCAGCGGGCGCAGGGUCGCGGCUCCCGGUAUUCCGGAAACUUCUGUGUGGAUUAUGCGCGGAUCUUCAAAGCAUCGCUAAGAGGCGGGCCUCCUGUCAUCCCCACUUGGCGAGAAGGGAGACCGCCACAUGUUGGAGACACGUGGAAGGUGGCAGGUGUUGCCCCUCGGUGGGUGCGGAUGAACCCAGCAGCGGCCAGCAAGCCCCACAGUCCGCCUCCCUCCUUCGUUCAUCAACAAGAGCCCAGGGGCCCGCCUGGCACCCGCCGGGGCCACGGGGGCCGGGCCACGCACCAUCUAGGGGAACGUUCCAGCACAGGCAGAGGGAUCUACUGAAGGAAUGAAUGAGUGAACGAGUGAAUGACUCCAUCAACAGGUCCUCGAUACAUCUGCGACUAGACUGGGGCAGUGAGGAGACUGUGGCCAACACGCCCUGCCAUGGCCUCUGUUAAGGUAAGCGGAGCUCCCCCAACAAAAGCGACGGGCGGAGGACUGGACGUGCGGAUGGCCAGCAGGCCUACGAAGAGAUGCUCAGUGUCAUCGGCGAAAAGCAAGUCAAAGCCACGGCGAGACACCAUCUCUCACCCACCGGGACGGCUGCAAAGCCAACAAAAGCCGAAAACCAGAAAAUAACAAGGGUCGGCGAAGACGAGGCAAAACUGGACGUGGAGAUGUUACAGGUGAGAAUGUAGGACAGUAACAGUGGCCACCGCGGAGCGAGGUCUGUGGCUCCUGCAAACUGCGACCCCCCCCCCACCCACCCCGGGCUCGGCCGGAAGAAAGAAGGCAGGGACUGAGAUGCACCCCACCCCCACCGCGUCCCCGAGCGCAGGAGCCCAAACCACCCGACUGCCGUCUGUCUGUCCGUCUGUCGUGUGCUGGUUGGUAAAUCCGACCACAGAAAGGACUGCGACACGGGGGAGGUGAGAAAACAAGACGCCUCGGCUGCGAAGUGUCCAGAACAGACAGCACAGGGAGGGCUGGGGGCGGGGAUGCCCCGCAGACUGGCCGCUUAAUGGAUGCCGGCCUCCUCUAGAGGGUGAGAACGUUCUGGAACGAGGAGGGGAGGCUGCCCAGCACUGUGAGUGUGCUAACUGCCGCUUGGCUAUUCACCCUAAAGUGUCUGGGGUUUUGUCUCGUGAUUUUCACCUCAAUAAAAAAACAACAAAGGUAAGUGGAGGCCAGGGUCAGCCGCACCCUGUGUCCCCAUGGUCCCCCAGCACCUGGAGUCGGGGCUGCCCCACGCUGGGCACUUCGGCUCUCCCAGCGCCCCUCCCGUGAGGGAAUAAAUGUGUGUUGUGUUAA